AUGCGGAACUUUCCUGACCUCCUCCUGGUCAUUGCGUUCACCCUGCGCGUCCUUAGCAGCCAAUUCCAAAUGUCGAUGGCAGCUACGGUCAAUGCAAGUGCCCCUACUAGCGACAACCACCAAUCCAACAAGGCAAAGUCGUCGCUACGAGUGGCCGAUCCUGCGGCCGACGAAGACAGGAGUUUGCUCACGUCCGCUGUAUCGUGGCUUGAUAAAAAUAUGUGGCUUGCAGUCGGUAAGACUGACGACGAGGUCAAGGAGCUGUUGGGGCUGAAAGGACUUACCGGCACUGAGCUCGUGACAGCUUCGGGCUUUAAAAUUUUUGAAGGGUUCCAACACGCUCGUAAGGAGAUCGAGCUGAAGAAGUGGCUUUCCGAGCACAAGACCGCGCACAUUGUUUGGAUGCUGCUGAAGCCGAAAAAAAUGCCGCUAGACGAAUUCAUGCGUUCCGAUGACUACGGGCGGUACUUGCGCUACGCAAGGAUGGAAGACGACGCCAUUUAUCAGCGGUUCUGGAAAAGCGAAGAAGACGUUGUUGUUGACCCCGACGAGUUGCCAGUGGAACUGAAUGCGAGAGUGGAUAUGUGGGCUGAGUCAAAAAGGCCGUGGAUCUUUGUCAAGAGGAGGUUGGGUAUUAAGGACAGUAUCUUCAUCAAUACCAUACUGUCACACCCAAAGUUCGAGUAUUACCUCGCGUGGCUGGAACGCAUAAACUCUCCCACGGCUGCAACGCUGAAGAAAGCGCAAUAUAUUCGGCAGCAGAAACUCAAAAGCCAAUCAGAACAGCGUCAACAAGGCCAUGCUGCGACUCCGAAGGGGGCAAAACGGCUGUACGAGAGGAUCCCGAUGUAG